AUGUUAACAGGUAACCACAACAAAGAGCUUGUACUGGAUGUAACAGACACUUUGGUGUACCUCUACGAUUUCAAGAACAAUGUAAACGUCAGCUACAAAAUCGAUAGAUUUGUUGACGGUCUCUCAGGCGUCAAUAAUUUAGAUAGUACUAGAAAAUUGGCCUUCUUCGUUCCCGGGUACAAAUCAAAUAUAAACAAACAGACGGAAGAGAAAAUACGACAGACCUUUCGCGAUGAUUUUGAGACGUAUUUAAUUAUUAUAGAUCAUUCAGUUUAUACAUCUUCUAAAGAUGGUGUAAGGGACAGUUACGAAAGGUCAGUGAUGUAUACGUACCACCUCGGUAUAGCUUUAGGGAAGCUUCUGGCAGAUAUACACAAUAAAGGGUUCCCGUCUAACAAAAUCCACUGCAUCGGCCACAGUCUAGGCGCACAGAUGCUAGGAUACGCGGGAACGGUCUACACGAGUAUUACUUCACAGAAAAUCUGGAGGAUCACGGGCAUCGACCCCGCCGGGCCGUGCUUCUCCAAUUCCUUCAUCGAAGACCAGAUCAGGUCGGGCGUGGCUAAUUACGUCGAGGUCUACCACUGCAACGGCGGCGAGCUGGGUACUACUAGCGUGCUCGCUGACACGGAUUUCUUCGUCAACAACGGGAGGAAGCAGCCCGGCUGCCACGAGGGUCUGAUCCCCGGGUACGGGGCGUCCGAAGCGGCGAAGUGCAGCCACAAGGCGUGCGUCAGGCUGUGGGCGGAGACGGUCCGCCACCCAGGCUGGUAUACCGCGUGGCGGUGCGACUCGUACAAGAUGUUCUCCAAGGGAAAAUGCGCUAGGAACGACGUCACAGUAGCCGGAUACACGAACCCCGGUAACGCCACGGGAGCGUUUUACGCCGACACGGAGACAUACGGUGUCAUA